AUGUCCUCGGAUUCAAAACAUCCACGAAAAAGCCUCGAAUUCCUUGAAGAUGGCCGGCCCCGGUUUCACGGCUGCUCAAGAAUCACAGAAUAUGAAUACCUGGGCAAACUCGGCGAGGGCACUUUUGGCGAAGUGUCCAAGGCCAGAUCGAAGCGGACUGGUCAGGUAGUGGCGCUGAAAAAGAUUCUGAUGCACAACGAGAAGGAUGGCUUUCCCAUCACCGCACUGCGGGAGAUCAAGUUGCUGAAGCAGCUCGACCACAUCAAUGUCUUGAAGCUGGCCGAGAUGGCGGUCGAGCGGCCGAAGAAUGCGAGCAAGAGAACGAGCAUGUUCAUGGUGACACCGUACAUGGACCACGAUCUUUCGGGCCUCCUGGAAAACCCCGACGUCAAUUUCACUACGCCACAGAUCAAGUGCUACAUGAAACAACUCCUCGAAGGCUGCGCAUAUCUCCACGAGAACAGAAUCCUACACCGAGACAUGAAGACUGCCAACUUGCUCAUCAACAACCGAGGCAUCCUCCAGAUUGCAGAUUUUGGACUGGCGCGCCCUUACGACGAUGAGCCUCCUAGACCGGGUCACGGCGGCGGAGAAGCCACCAGGGAAUACACCACUUUGGUUGUGACACGAUGGUAUCGGCCCCCAGAACUGCUGCUCCAGCUGCGCAAGUACACCACCGCGAUCGACAUGUGGGGAGUUGGUUGUGUCUUUGGCGAAAUGUUCAAGCACAAGCCCAUUUUGACGGGAGACAGUGACCUGAACCAGGCCAGGUUGAUCUUUGAGCUGCUGGGAUCCCCGACAGAAGAGAACAUGCCUGGUUGGCGAGAGCUUCCUGGCGCCGAGGCGAUCCUGGAGUUUGAAAAAAUGCCUUCGACGCUCAACCGUCAAUUCCGCGACCUCGAGCCGUUGGCACUCUCACUGCUGAGUGAGCUGUUGAAGCUGGACUGGCGCAAAAGGAUCAACGCCAUCGACGCCCUCAAACAUCCUUAUUUUCAUUCUGCACCCUACCCAGCGAGACCUGAAGAGCUGCCCUCUUUUGAAGAGUCGCACGAACUGGAUCGAAAGAAGUUCCGGGAUCAGAGAACCAAACGACCGCCUGCUCCAGCUGGUGGCUCUGUCGGAAUCGGGCCCCAGGGAGAAUGGGGUAUCAGCGGGAGGCCACUUCCACCACACGAAGGAAUGCGCGGCGGCGGGCCUCAUCCUGGUCCUCGUGUACCUGGUGGCAGACCACCACCGUACGCAAAUGGCCACCACAACAACCACCCCUUUAAUAGACGACCACCAGGUCCACCUCAGAAUGGUGCGUACGGCGGCGGUGGAGGUGACUAUCGAGGCGCCAAUCCUUACCCACCUCACCGAGACCUGCCCCCAUACGACCAAGGUCAUCGUCCGCCAUAUGACGACUCCUACCCGAGACGGCCCCCUGGUGACCUUCCACCGCCGCCGCCGCGUUUACCACCUCCAGAUGUCGACCCGUAUCGCUACGGUCCGCCAGAUGUUCCACCCUUUCGCGACGACGGGCGUGGCCCACCUCCACCAAGAUCUCGAGCACCGCCAACUGCGGGUGGCGGCGCCGGUGGUCCUGCCGGUGGCAGCAACCGUGACACAUACAUCCCCUCAUACUCGCACGCCGAUCCUCAUGCUCCCCCGCCUAAGCAUCGACGCAGGGACGAUCAGCCGCCGUACAGGGAUAGACUGCCUGACUAUGGCGAACCAUUACGCUAUGACGAACCUGGCGGCAGAGAAGCACUGGACAGGGAUCGCGAGCGAGAGCGAAGGCCAAGGAGUCGAAGUCCAGGGCGGGAGUGGCACCGGGAUAGGAGAGAUAGAGACCGCGAUAUGGGAAGAGACUACCGAGAGCGGGAUAAUAAAGACCGAGGUGGCUAUGGUGGACAAGAUCCCUAUCGUCGCUAG